AUGUCCUCGCUGGUGAAGGAGGACCUGGCGAAGAGGCUGUUCGGCCCCCGGCGGCAGAGGCUGCACGAGUUCAUCGAGGUGGAGGGCGCGGGCGCCCAGCGCUAUUACCUGUGCGCCGCAGUAACUAAAAAUAAAGAAGUAGAAAUAUGUAUGGUUAAACACUGGCGAGUGGACCGAGAGGAGAAAUAUGAAAUAGUUGAAAAGUGGUUUUUGAAAGAUCUGGAGAUGAUUGAUGGAAAAGAAGCAGAUACAGAUAAUCCAUAUUUUGAUAUGCAUUUCCACAAAGUCUACAAUAUGGAAGCAUAUAGUUGUGCAUCUAAAUAUACCUUUGCUCGAACACUAAACAAACUGAAUGCCAUGUACCUUAAGAAGGACUUCAAGAUUGUGAACUUUGAUGACACCUACCUAAAUGAUGAUUCAAUCUGGUCAUCCAGCAAUAGAGAUUUCUUAGUAGUUAUGAGGGUUUGCUUCUAUGCUUCCAACCUUUUAUGUCUCUCCCUCUGUCGUUUGUCCUAAAGAUGUCUUUUCUAACAUUAAGGUGACUGGUUGACUUUCACUGACCAGCAUUUCAUAAACUGUCUGAUCAAAAAGUUAGUAGCUGAUAUGGAGUGUCUCCUUUUUAAUUUUACAUGUAAGUAAAAAGUGGAGCAUACUUUUUA